AGGACAGAGGAGCUCUGUGGCCGCUCACGGCGCCCCACUGUCAGGAUGGGUAUCCAGGAGCUGCAGAGGUACAUUGAGGUGCACGCGCCGUCGGCCUGCGUGCCGGUCGAUCUGCUGAAGCUGGCGCGCGGUGUGACGCUGGGCCAGCCGCGCACGCCCAGCGCGCGCCGCCGGCCGCCGCCGGCCGUCCAGCUGUGCCUGGUGCUGGACGCCGAGUCGUGCCUGGACCGGCUCUACGGCGGCUUCUUCUCCGACUGGGCGUGUGGCGGCGAGUGGGGCCGCAUGAUGCACUUCCUCACCGUGCUCAUCCAGACCAUCCGCACCAACAACAUGGAGCUGGCCGUCUUCUUUUCGGGCGCGCUCGAGCUGCCGCGCAUGCGCGAGUGGGUGGGCCGCCAGCACGCCCAGCGGAGACACAUCAACCAGACGCUCAAGCACCUGUCUGUGAAGGCCACGCCGCCGCCCAAGGUGUGGUGGACGGCUCCGGCGUGUCUGCGCAGCGCGCUGCGGCUGGCGCUGCGCAGUCUGGACGUCCAGGUGCUCUGCUCGACAGACGAGCACCGCCAGGAGGUGAUGGCGUUCUGCCACGAGAACAGCUACCACGGCCUGGUGGCCGAGGACGCCGAGUUCAUCAUGCUCAACCCGCCGCGCCUCUUCUCGGCCCGGCAGCUCAAACUCACAUACAAGGGCACGCUGGAGACGAAGGAGUUCAUCCUGCAGCAGGUGGCGCGCGGCCUGGACCUGCAGCCGAACCGGUUCAGUCUGCUGGCCGCCCUGCUGGGCAACUUCCUGCUUACGGACCAGGACCUGGCAGACUUCCACGAGUCGCUGCUGCAGGCCAGCCAGGCCAGGGCAGAGCCGCCCGGCACCCCGGCCGCGCCGGACGCCGACGCCGCGCUGCAGCUGCAGCUGGUCGGCGCCGUCCUCCAGUUCGUCCGCUCGCUGCCCUCCGUCGACCGGCUCGACGCCGUCGGAGAGCGCGUCUUCGGCGACGCGUCCGACCCGCGCGUGGCCAGGCUUAAGGAGAGUGUGGCCUACUUCGGCGACGGGUCGCGCGACGGCUACUUCCGGCACAAAUCGCUCAGCGGCGCCCUGAACGGCAGCUGCUCGGUGCUGGCCGCGGAGCGCAGCUCGGACGCCGGCGGCGGCUCGCUCUCGGGGCCGCCGUCGGUGCCCUCGGACCCGGGGUCGGUGCUCGACGUGGCGCCGGCCGCGCAGACACGAGCGGGCGGCCGGACCGACGAGCAGGCCGACUGUCUGGCCAGGAGGUUCGGACUGCUGGGAUUGGACAUGGACGCCUACGUACCGGGCACGGCGCCCGGUUCGUACAGCGACGACCGGCCCGCCAACGGACACUCCAGCGCGGGCGCCGAGGGUCCGGCGGUGACGCUGACGCCGCCGCCGCUGCCGCCCGUCACCGCCGAGGUGCUGCGAACGGCCGGCGAGCGGCACCGGCGCGGUCUGAUGACACCCUGGGUGUACCAGGUCCUCACAAAGGGUGAGCUCAAGGUGCCGGUCUGUGUCGAGGACGAACUGAACCGGGAGCUGCCCAACGCGGUGCUCUUUUUCCGGCCGGCUCGUGAGCGAAUCUACGGCGUGCUGUUCAACCUGUACCACCACAGCUACCUGAGCCACCGCGACCGCGACAAACCGGAGCACGAGCGGCACGCGGUGCCGCGCGUCCAGAUCCGGGAGUGGGUGUACAGCCGCAGUAACCCGUACAGGCGUCCUGAGCUGGUGCCGGCCCAGCCGCUGGGCUGGGGCGUGCCCACCGUGCAGCGGCUCUGGUUCGGGACGUCUGAGGACGACAAGAAGCGGCGACUGCGGGCGUUCCUCAGCUGCCUGCAGUCGGACACACCCACCAUCCGCAACACCGUCUACGUGCCCGAACACCUGCUCGUGCUCGCCUGCGUGCUGCGGUUCAUCUUGAGCCAGACGUCCGGCAGCCAGCAGCCGUCCAUCUACAAACCGGAACUGGACGCGUUCAUCGCGCAGGCGCUCUGUCCCAAACUCGCCGACACGCAGUACCUGCAGGAGCUGCAGCUGCCGGCCGUGACUCCGCGCGGCGUCCAGCUGGGUAACCUGUUCAUGCAGGGCGUCGAGACGGCGCUGUUCGCCAAUGACGCGUGCGGCGCGCCCAUCCCGUGGGCCGUCUGCUGUCCGUGGCUCUUCUUCGACGGAAAACUGUUCCACAGCUACCUGCUGAAGGCCGCGCAGAGUCGGAACGUGACGCAGCUCUGCGACGACCGGGUGGAAAUGGUGGCGCAGCUGGAGAUGACGCGCCAGGCGGUGCUGGAGGGCCUGCCGGUGCAGUACGGCCGGCCGCCGCUGCUCAGCGCCGCCCCCGCCCCCGCCCCCGCCCCCGCCCAGGUGUACGGCCGCUCCAGCCUGCCCAAGGCGCCCUCGCGGCGGCCGUACACGCCCAGCGGCAAAAAGCAACAGGCCCGCUGGAGGGGCGCUGACGGCCUCGACUCGGACAGUGAGGAGAGCCUGCUGCCGGCCGGACGCGCCAUGACCGUCGACCUCCCCGACACCAGGGAAGUCGGUGACGCGUCGUUAGGAGGCUCCGGUAGCGAGGUGCCCGGUCAGUAUCAGGACGCGCCUCUGCUGCACGUUCAGUAG